AUGGCCAAAUCAAAGGACAAACGCUCGGCUAAGACCGAAACGCCCAAGAAGAGUCAAAAGUCCGACAAGUCACUCAUCAAAGUCGACAAGAAGGCGUUUGACCCGGCGCUAGCAUCGCUGUUUGCUACCAGUGCCGGACCUGUUCAAGCGCCGCCAAAGUCACGGUACCAAGCGCGCGAACAAGCGAAAGCGACCAAAGAAUCGAGCGAAGAUGAAGGCGAUGCGAACGAUGCGGAACUGAGCUCGGCAUCCGAAAGCUUGCCGUCCGACGAUGAGGAUGAAGACGAAGACGAAGAUGAGGACAUGUCCGAUGCUAGCGACGACUCUGAGUCUCAGGACGAGGCCGCGCUAGCAAAACUGGGUGAAGCCGUACUGCACGGCGCAAAGGAAAAGCCAAAGAAGCGCAAGCGAGGCGACAAGGAGGAGAUCGAGGAUGCAUAUAUGCGCAAAGUAGCGCGAGAGGAAGAGAAGGAGGAGGAGCAGAGACAGAAGAAGCGCAAGACCGAGGAAGAGGAGGACGAGGACUCUUCAGACGAAGACGACGAGGACGAGUCUUCGGGUGAAGAAGAUGAGGGCAAAGAGACCAAGGGCGCGGACAAGGCCGAAGACAUCACAAUUCCCAAGCAUGAGUCGCUUAUGGAGAAGACCGACGAGGGCGUAGCCGAGGUGGAGAAGGCAUCGCGCACUGUCUUCCUAAGCAACGUCUCGGUUGAGUGCAUAAGCUCAAAGCCCGCAGAAAAGGCUCUCAAGAAGCAUCUGGAGUCCUUCAUACCCGACCUUGCCGAUAACAAGCCCCCGCACAAGAUCGAGUCGAUACGUUUCCGAUCAACGGCUCUCGAUCCCUCGCUACCCAAACGCGCUGCCUUUGCAACCAAGGACAUCAUAGACGCGACUACCAAGAGCACGAACGCAUAUGCUGUUUACACGACCAAGGUAGCCGCAAGAGAAGCUGUCAAGAAACUAAACGGCUCUAUGCUGCUCAACCGCCACCUUCACGUCGAUUCACUAGCCCAUCCCAUGAAGGUUGAUCACCGCCGCUGUGUCUUCGUCGGCAACCUUCCAUUCGUAGACGACGAGUCCCAAACACCCGUCGCAGAAGGCGAGAAGCCCAAGAAGAAGAAGCCCGCCUCCGACAUCGAAGAAGGUCUCUGGGUAAACUUUGCCAAAUGCGGGAAAAUUGAGAGCGUGCGCGUAGUCCGCGAUGCCAAGACAAGAGUCGGAAAGGGUUUCGCUUACGUCCAGUUCGUCGAUGAGAACGGCGUUGAAGCCGCGCUGCAACUUAACGAAAAGAUGUUCCCACCUAUGCUCCCUCGUAAGUUACGUGUUACACGUUGCAAAGCCGAGAAGAAGAACAAGGACAAGCCGAGAGGUCCACCACCAUCCAAGGCACCUAAGCCGGGCGGCAAGCCUGGUGCUGGUUACAAGCAGAAGUUGACUGAGGAGCAAAAGUCGAUGCAGGGACGUGCUAGAUCGAUGCUGGGCAAGGUCGCCAAGGCACAAACAAAAGAGGGCUUCGUGUUUGAAGGCCACAGGGCGAGUGAGAGGCAGGGCAAGAGUGGGCUCAAGUUCAAGGGCAGCGGCGGUCAGAAGAAGGGUGCCAAUGGACGAAAGAGCAGAAGUGCGGGCUGGAAAAAGAACGGUGGGAAAAAAUAG